CUUCAAUGCCUCUUUCCAUUGAUCUGAUGAUUUGUACGCUGAUAUUUCCAGAUCAGCUUAUGGAAGUUCCAUUGAUGUCGAUGUGGCUUGAGUAGAUUGAACACCAUUGUUCCUUAUUUCGAGGCUCGAUCUCUAUCUCAGAAGGUUGGCACACUUUUCUGAGUACUCCGUAAUGCACUCUAUGCGAGAUCCAAUGCAACAAGGAAUCAACUUUCGGCUGGUACACGUACACGUAUGAUGAUCGGAACUACCGAUGAUCUUCCAGAGCCGGUAGGCGGAGAAAUGCUUCAGGCGUCCCGUUCCACGCAACAACCUGGUAGAGUACGACGUAUGCUCGGAAAAGAGGCGAAUUCGGGGCUAGCGGCCAAAAGAACUUCUGGACAAUACACCCUCUAAUCCACUCUCCAGGUGCUCACACCAGCUGUAGGGUUGGAUUGGUUUCUGGGGUGGAAUAACGUAACACUAGACCCUAUUCCAUCCAUCUAUAUAAGACGCCACUCGACGCAUUCGACUUCCCAAAGUCAGUGUCACUUCUCACACACUCUCUUUCUACUUCUUUCACCAUGUCGUCUUACCAGUAUGUGCAAAAAGCGCUGCAAGUCUUGGGAGCUUUGACUGCCGUGUCAGCCGUUUCGAGGAUUCUAUCCCUUACUCGACUGUACUUCUCACCCGGCGGAUCCUCUCUGAAGCGCUGGAAGCAUGGAAAAGAGCCAUACGCCUUGGUCACGGGGGGCACUGAUGGGGUGAGUCUUUGUUGCCGACAAAGACCAUAGAGACGAGAUCUUGUGGCACACUUGCCUAUUCCUCGCAAUCUCGACCGCCUCGACGACGCUGUGAUACUCCGUUGAGCUGGUGUUUUCAUGACGAAGUAUUGCAUGCUAACAUCCCCUUCUACAUAGAUCGGGCUGGGGUUCGUCGAAGCAAUCGCCGCCCAAGGGUUCAAUGUGAUCAUUCUAUCCAGAACCAAAGGCAAGCUAGAGAGUCGUCGAUCGGCUCUACAAAAGCAAUUUCCAAACCUCAAGUUCGAGAUCCUCGUCUUUGAUGCCUUGAAGGAUCCAUACGAAGGUAUUGAGAAGCUGGUCGCCAGCGUAUCCCAUCUGAACAUCACUGUUUUGGUCAACAACAUGGGCGGCAUCCCCUUCAUCCCGGGAUAUCGAUUGCUCACCGAGACGAGCGGCCCACAGAUCGAUACCGCCAUCGACCUGAACGCCCGCUUCCUGUCGCACUUCACACGCUUCAUGAUUCCGGUCAUGACGAAGAGCUAUCCUGCACUCAUCGCAAACGUCGGUUCGGCCGCUCAAGUUGGUAUCCCCUGGGCCGCGGUGUACUCGGGCACGAAAGGGUUCGUGCUCAGCUUCUCAGAGGGUCUCUCCCGCGAGUUCAAGUGCAACGACAUCCCCAUCGAUGUGCUGAACAUCACGCUCGCCGACGUGAGCAGCCAACAGACUCCCACGCCAGUGCAUAUUCUCAACCCUUCCGCGAAGCAUUUCAGCAGGACGGCUGUCGGCCGACUCGGCGCCGCCGUUGCUUCUGGACGCAACACGGUCACCCCGUAUAUCCCACAUGCCCUUCUCCUCUGGGCUCUUGGCCCGAUGCCGGAAUUUAUGAAAGUCAUAAUUACGAACAAUAUGAUUCGUGGUGCACAAGAAAUCCUUGACAAGGCUCACGGGGGGCUAAAGAGAGACUAACUCAGGCAAUUACGUUGCACUCAACACGCUGAGCUGUAUCAAGCUGGUAGGGUUGGUCCAGAGACAUGUCUAUAUACAACAAGGUCUUGCUUCUAGUGUGGCUGAUCAGAAGCAACACCACGUCCACGAUGAGGCAAAUCUAGAUUUUGGCGUCAAAUGAGCACUGAAUUCAGCAAGUCGCAAUAUCUGGAAUGAACAAAAAAAAAUGAUAUGUCGUGUAACGACUGAUGUUCAUAGUCAUCACAUAUCAAUCGUGGUAGUGCAUACAACCAAAUCCUACUGAGCAUCACUCCGUCAA